CGCAGUGAAAGUAGAAGCUGUGUGUGUAGAGAGAGAAAGCGAGCGACAACAGAGGAGGAGAGAGAGAGCUAGGGUUUAACUGAUCGUCCUCAAGCUCGUAACUCUAUCUAUCGGAGAGCUAGGGUUUUCUCUCUGCACAUAGAAAGUUGUCCUUUUCUUCGUCUUCUUCUUCUUCCUCUUCUUCUUCUCUUCAAAUAUCUGGAUAAUUAGCAGGCGAAUCAGAAAGAGAAGCGAAGAUGAGGAUUAUGAUAAAAGGUGGUGUGUGGAAGAACACGGAGGAUGAGAUCCUCAAGGCGGCGGUUAUGAAGUAUGGCAAAAACCAGUGGGCUCGAAUCUCUUCUCUUCUCGUUCGCAAAUCCGCCAAGCAGUGUAAGGCUCGCUGGUACGAGUGGCUCGACCCUUCCAUCAAGAAGACUGAGUGGACCAGGGAAGAAGAUGAGAAACUGCUUCAUCUUGCAAAGCUCAUGCCAACUCAGUGGAGAACGAUUGCCCCAAUUGUUGGCCGUACUCCGUCGCAGUGCCUUGAGCGGUAUGAGAAGCUUCUUGAUGCAGCUUGUGUUAAGGAUGAGAACUAUGAACCGGGUGACGACCCACGGAAAUUGAAGCCUGGAGAGAUUGACCCAAACCCUGAAUCAAAGCCUGCACGGCCAGAUCCUGUUGAUAUGGAUGAGGACGAGAAGGAAAUGCUUUCAGAGGCACGAGCUCGGUUAGCUAACACAAGGGGUAAGAAGGCAAAAAGGAAGGCCCGAGAGAAACAGCUUGAAGAAGCAAGGAGGCUUGCUUCUUUACAGAAAAGGAGAGAACUAAAAGCUGCUGGGAUUGACACUAGGCAGCGGAAGAGGAAAAGAAAGGGAAUCGACUAUAAUGCAGAAAUUCCUUUCGAAAAGAAGCCUCCUCCAGGCUUUUUUGAUGUUACUGAUGAAGACAGAGUUGUUGAACAGCCACUGUUCCCAACCACCAUUGAGGAACUUGAAGGCAAGAGAAGGGUUGACAUGGAGGCACAAUUGAGAAAACAAGAUAUUGCAAAGAAUAAAAUUGCACAAAGGCAGGAUGCUCCAUCAGCGAUAUUGCAAGCUAACAAAUUGAAUGAUCCCGAGACAGUUAGGAAGAGAUCAAAGUUGAUGCUUCCUGCUCCCCAAAUUUCAGACCAGGAAUUGGAAGAAAUUGCAAAGAUUGGUUAUGCUAGUGAUCUUGCUGGUAGUGAGGAACUCACAGUUGGGAGUGGCGCGACACGUGCUCUUCUUGCAAAUUAUGCUCAGACACCCCACCAAGGAAUGACCCCUUUACGAACUCCACAAAGAACACCUUCUGGUAAGGGUGACGCCAUCAUGAUGGAAGCAGAAAACCUGGCCAGGUUGAGGGAGUCUCAAACACCCUUAUUAGGUGGAGAAAAUCCAGAGUUGCAUCCUUCAGAUUUUUCUGGGGUCACCCCUAAGAAAAGGGAGAUGCAAACACCAAAUCCAAUGCUGACUCCAUCUGCGACACCUGGAGCAGCAGGUCUUACCCCUAGAAUUGGCAUGACCCCAUCACGGGACGGCUAUUCUUUUGGUCUGACCCCCAAGGGUACUCCAAUCAGAGACGAGCUUCGUAUCAAUGAGGAUAUUGAGAUUCAUGACAGUGCAAGACUUGAGCAACGAAGACAAGCUGACUUGAGAAGGAACUUACGUUCAAAUUUGAGCACUCUACCCCAACCAAAGAAUGAGUAUCAGAUAGUCAUGCAGCCUGUUCCAGAAGAUAAUGAAGAACCAGAAGAAAAUAUUGAAGAAGAUAUGUCUGACAGAAUAGCUAGAGAAAAGGCUGAUGAGGAAGCACGGCAACAAGCAUUACUCAGGAAAAGAUCAAAAGUACUCCAGAGAGAGCUUCCUAGACCUCCUGUUGCUUCUUUGGAGUUGAUUAAAAAUUCCUUGAUGAGAGCUGAUGGAGACAAGAGUUCCUUUGUGCCACCUACAUUAAUCGAACAGGCUGAUGAAAUGAUAAGAAAGGAGCUUCUUUCCUUGCUAGAGCAUGAUAAUGCUAAGUAUCCACUCAAUGAAAAGGUGAGUAAGGAGAAAAAGAAAAGUGCUAAACGCUCUGCAAAUGGAUCUGCUGCUCCUAUCCCUGAUAUUGAAGAUUUUGAAGAAGAUGAGAUCAAAGAGGCUGAUAAUUUGAUAAAAGAAGAGGCUCAGUAUCUUCGUGUAGCAAUGGGACAUGAAAAUGAAGACCUUGAUGAGUUUGUUGAAGCACACAAAACGUGUCUGAAUGAUCUCAUGUACUUUCCUACUCGUAAUGCGUAUGGGUUAUCAAGCGUUGCUGGAAACAUGGAGAAACUUGCUGCCUUGCAGAAUGAGUUUGAGCAUGCGAGAAAGAAUGUGGAAGAUGAUAUUAAGAAGGCAGCAAACCUUGAAAAGAAGGCUAAAAUUCUCACAGAUGGUUACGAGCUGCGCGCUAAGAAGAGUCUUUGGCCACAAAUCGAGGAGACCUUCAAGCAGAUGGACACUGCUGCAAAGGAACUUGAGUGUUUCCAAGCAUUACAAAAGCAAGAGCAAUUGGCAGCAUCGCAUCGGAUAAAUAACAUCUGGGAGGAAGUUCAGAAGCAAAAGGAGCUUGAGCGAAUUUUACAAAAGCGGUACGGAGAUCUCUUGACAAAGCUGGAAACGACACGCCGCCUAAUGGAUAACUACAGAGAGCAAGCACAAAGGCAAGAAGAAAUUGCAGCAAACAAGCAUGAGCCUGAGCUGUUGGAAUCUUCCGCAAAUCAACCUGCUCUACAGAGCACAGAGAACCCGGAGAUAACUACCGCCUCAGAUGAGCUUGGAAGUUCUAUGCCCAUUGAUCAAUCUCAUAAUGAAACUGCUUAUCAGCAGAUGGAUUCCGCGCAAGAACAUGAGGGCAAUGGUUUUAAAGUCCCCGAUGAUCAACUCCCCAAGCCAGAUGUCGCAGGAGAGGAUCCUCCAUUACAGACGGAUGCAGGGGAAAACAACAUUGCUCAAGACUCCGUCAAUGGGUUGGCUAAUGACAACACAACCACCAAUGACUUAGCCAAGGAGGAUCACCAUGUUAAGAAUCAGCCAAAUUUUAGCGAGAAGGAAAGCACUAUGCAAGAAACAGCUGUUGAUGGAGAUGCUAGGGAGGUUUCUGGCGGCGCAGUGGAGAUAUAAAUUCUCUUGAAGAGGUAAUCAAUGGGAAUCCUCAUUUGUUGAAUGUCGAUGCGAAAUCAAGUGAUGGAUCAGUGUCUGAUUCGGACAGGAAAGAAAGCAAGCGACGGGCCGCUGUUUGCUUGAAGAUUAUUGUACUGAAAGUUUCAACAGUUCUGAACGUUAACUGGUCGACAGCUGAUGAAUAGUGUCGAUGUUCAGGACUGUUGGUGUUCUAAAAAAUUUUGAAAUCCAUGCUUUUGGUUGAAAGGGACGUGAAAAUGCUAUAUGAUGUUUAGUUCUGUUCUGAUACUGAGAACCACCCAAGAUAAAAACUUUCAUCUUUAUCUGGUCA